CGCCCAGGAAGUCUCGCGAGAGCGAGCGGCAUCUGCCCUUGGGCUUUGGGAGCCGGCGGGUCUUGCUGUGCGGGACUUGGGGUGCGCGGUCAUGCGUAAGACGAUUCUUCACCAGUACUUGGACAUCCCCGAAGGCACCGAGUGCCACCGCAAGGCCUACGCCAGCACCAGUAUCGGUGGUGCCGCUGGCCUGAUGGUCUCUGCCUACAGCAUCGCACUCUGGCCCCCGGGCUCCUUCCUGGAGGGAGUGGCGAGGACAGGACAGCACACAUUCACCGCAGCCGCCAUCGGUGCCAUAUUCGGCCUCACCUCCUGCAUCAGCGCCCAGGUCCGAGAGAAGCCCGAUGACCCUCUGAACUACUUCAUUGGAGGCUGCGCCGGAGGCUUGACCCUGGGAGCGCGCACCCACAGCUUCGGGAUUGGAGCCGCCAGCUGCGCGUACAUGGGCAUCAUGGCUGCCCUGGUCAAGAUGGGCCAGCUGGAGGGCUGGAAGGUGUUCGCAGAGCCCAAGGUGUGAGCCCCGCUGCCUCCCCGGGACAUUGGGCAGGUUGAAGUUCGUCUGAAAAUAAAUUCUGUGUCUGUC